AUGUCAGAUUCACAAGAUGACGUUUUUGAUAAUAUCGUAGAGGAGGAAGGUAUUGCAUAUUUUUAAUAUAUUCAUUUAUUCACAUUAUAAUAUUCAUGAAUGAUAAAUAUAGACAGGACUCGAGGAGUUUCCUGACGAGUUGCCUGACGCGUUGAACGAGGACGCAAUUCUAGUCUAUUUAGUCUACAUUUGAGUAAUUUAUUUGAAUUGUCUGUUGUGAUGUGCUUGAUGACAUAAUAAUUCAUGCUUUGUAGCAUACGCACAUGACGACCGGUGCCGUGUUUGUGGCGGAGAAGUUGGAGAUGCACAUCAAUGCAGAAUAUGUAAACAGAAUGUGCAUCUAAUCUGCGGUGUGCCAGACAAGGAUAGCGAGGAAGGAUAUGGCCAGAAACUUACCUGCUCAUGCUGUUUAAAUUCUAAAGGUAUUACUCUGAUACAAUCGUUCAGAAAUGAAGUCAAAGAUAAAACAGUUUUAAUAUUUUAA